UUAAUCGGAAGUAGAAAAUUAAAAUUUAAAAUAAAUUAAUGUGAACUGUUUGGGCAUUUGUUCAUUGUUUCUGGUAGGAAUGGCGCUUUGGUGGUUGAAUUAUGUAUACACGUGUUAGCCACCUUAUUCUAUAAUAUGUUGUACAACGCACAUCCUCUGAUUCAGAAAGAGGAAACAAAUGAUAAAACCCUAACUAACUUUUCAAACCAAACCAAACCACUCUGCCGAAACAUGGAAGAAUCAAUCCAAUUAUUUAAUCUACGUAUAAAACCUGCUUCCAACCUCCAAGGGUCGGAAUCUUUCCAAAAAAAAGGGACAAAAAAGGUUCCCAAACCCAAGUGAUCGGAGGGUCGGCGGGCAACGGAGGGAGAUUCGUCUCUCUCUCUCUCUCUCCCUUGUUGAAGUUGCUGCCACAUGUUCUCUCUUGUUUGAAUUCAAAUUUGCAGUUAAAUGCAUUUGUUGAUUGAAUCAGAGCCUUCUAUCCAUUUCUCGGACUCCUCUCUUGGCUGGUUGCCUACUGUUUGAUCGUAUUCUGUUUAGCCUAUAGUGUUGCCUUUCGUCUUGUUGGUUGUGAAUCCCGACCGAUGGGUCAGAGAGGAUCUCAGGUUUUAGCCUAUAAGCGAGAUGGGUUGUUCUCAGUCUUUGAUUUGGGCUCCCAAUGGAGUAUCCACGAAGGCCACUUCCACCCCGGAGGCUUAUUUGCCAGUGUCGGUCAGAUGGGAGUCGGAUUCGGCAUCUCACCCAAUUCUUCCAACUCCUGCGCCCAGGAUGACACUAACCCUCUUUACACAAAUUUGUGUAUGAAAUAUGUGCCUUCUGCUGAGGCUGUUACUAUAGAGGAAGCUGCAGUGAAAAAGAAAACGAAGAAGAAGCCUGGUUUUCUAUUGAGAAUAAAGGUUCAAAAUCCUUCACUGCGGAGGUUGAUAAGUGGUGCAAUUGCUGGGACGGUGUCAAACACUUGUGUAGCGCCAUUGGAGACUAUAAGAACUCAUUUGAUGGUGGGUAGCAGUGGGCACUCUGUCACAGAGGUGUUCAAUGAUAUUAUGAAGAAUGACGGAUGGAAGGGAUUGUUUAGGGGCAACUUGGUUAAUGUUAUUCGGGUCGCACCCAGCAAGGCGAUUGAGCUUUUUGCUUUUGAUACAGUCAACAAGAACCUAUCACCCGGACCAGGGGAAGAACCAAAAACUCCAAUUCCUGCUUCAUUAGUUGCUGGAGCCUGUGCUGGAGUUAGUGCAACCCUCUGCACAUACCCCCUUGAAUUGCUCAAAACCCGAUUAACCAUACAGAGAGGGGUUUAUGAUGGCCUUUUAGAUGCUUUCAUUAAGAUACUUAAAGAGAAGGGGCCUGCAGAAUUCUACAGAGGCCUCACUCCUAGUUUGAUUGGAGUGAUCCCAUAUUCUGCCGCCAAUUACUUUGCUUACGACACGUUGCGAAAAGCCUAUCGGAAGAUCUUUAAGCAAGAAAAAAUUGGCAAUAUUCAAACCCUUUUAAUCGGAUCAGCUGCGGGUGCCAUUUCGAGCAGUGCGACGUUCCCACUGGAAGUAGCUCGCAAGCAGAUGCAGGUUGGAGCCCUCAGUGGAAGACAAGUCUACAAGAAUGUAAUUCAUGCGCUGGUAAGCAUACUUGAAAGGGAAGGCAUUCAGGGGUUAUAUAAAGGGCUUGGCCCCAGCUGCAUCAAGCUGGUGCCCAAUGCAGGUAUUUCGUUCAUGUGUUAUGAAGCUUGCAAGAGAAUUCUCGUAGACAAAGAUGAUGAAAAUUAGAAGGUAACCUUUUACAUCAAACUUUGGCGCAAAAUUGGAGAAGAAUACCAAAUCCCACCUCGGUUUUUUUGGUGUCUUGAAGAACUUUGCAUCUUCCCAGUGCUAAGAGAUUUGUUAUUGUUCAUAAAUGCAUUAGAAUUUGGUGAAAGAGGAGUUUUAGAAUGAUUUGCAUCAAUUUCUUUCUAUAGAACUAUAUGUUACUUUAUGGUUCUUAAUAGCGUGAAAUUGAUUUCUUUUUAACCGACA